AUGAUUUCUUAGCAAUUAAAGGCAGGAUUCUAUGAUAAUUCAAUUCCUAAAUUUAAAAUAUAAUUGACUAAUCGUCCUACUUAUGAAAAACAAUCGAUGAAUCUAAGAAAAAAAAUGUAGAUUGGCAUCUAAAAAGAGUCAACUUAAAUCUAACAGUUAUAGAAAUAACAAAAUCAUUUGUGGAGAUUAAGGGUUUAGAAUACUUAAGAAUAUCAUAAAAAGUAGUGCAAUCUAAUAUUUCGAUCAAAUACAAUUAAUAUUAAGAAUUCUAAUUCAUUAAACAGCCAAAAAUAUGUUCAUUUGAUAUAUAACAGUCCUUAAAAAGCAAUCACAGAAAGGGGGAGACAACAGAAGCCGAAUGUAAAAAUAGUUUCAAUUAAUUUAAGGAAAUAGGAUUAAUAAAUAGAUCCUUGGAUUGUCAAAAUAUGACUGAAAUAUUGAAUGAUAGAAAUUAGAUAUACAAAAGAAGAACCUUAAGAUUAAGCUUGGUUUGA